AUGAGUAUCAAUCAGUAUCCCUCCCAAAUCACGAAACCCAUUAUCAUCGUCGGCGCGGGCCUCGCCGGCCUCGUAACCGCCUUCGAAGCGGCCGUCCAGCGCAAAGUGCCCACCAUCCUCGUCGACCAGGAAUCCCGCCUCAACGUGGGAGGCCAAGCCUUCUGGUCUCUCGGCGGCCUCUUCCUCGUCGACUCGGCCCAGCAGCGCCGCAUGGGCAUCCGGGACUCCAAGGCCCUGGCCCUGCGCGACUGGCUCUCCACCGCGCGCUUCGACCGCGAAUCCACCGGCGACUGUGAGGACUACUGGCCGCGCCGCUGGGCCGAGGCCUUUGUCGACUUCGCCGCCGACAAGUCCGCCGACGGGUUCGAGGCCUACGUGAAAGCCCGCGGUCUGGGCUUCCUGUUCAAUGUCGGCUGGGCGGAGCGCGGGGACGGCAGGGCCGACGGCCACGGGAACUCGGUGCCCCGCUUCCACGUCUCCUGGGGUACGGGGCCCGAAGUCGUCCGCGUGUUCCUGGACCCCGUGCUCCGGGCCGAGAAGGAAGGUGUGGUGGAGUUUCGCUGCCGUCACGUCGUGGAUGAGAUCGUCACCGACCCUUCCACGGGCCGGGCCGUCGGCGUCCGUGGUCGGGUUCUCGAAGACGACGACGCGCCGCGCGGCGUGUCCUCUUCUCGAAGGGAAAUCUCCACCUUCGAGCUCCUCGGUUCCGCUGUCGUCGUCACGUCGGGCGGCAUAGGAGGCAACGUCGACGCCGUGAAAGCCGCCUGGCCCACCGACCGCCUCGGGUCCCAGGUGCCGCAGCACUUCGUCGUCGGCGUCCCCGCCCACGUCGACGGGCGCAUGAUCUCCAUCGCCGAGCGGGCGGGCGCCCGCGUCAUCAACCGCGACCGCAUGUGGCACUACACCGAGGGCAUCGAGAACUGGAACCCCAUCUGGCCGGGCCACGGUAUCCGCGUGCUCCCCGCGCCGUCGUCCCUCUGGCUCGACGCCACGGGAUCCCGCCUCCCGCCGUUCCUCUACCCGGGCACCGACACGCUCGCGACGCUGAAACACAUCUGCGCCACGGGGUACGACUAUUCGUGGUUCAUCCUCGACCAGACCAUCAUCGCAAGGGAGUUCGCGCUGUCCGGGUCGGAGCAGAACCCGGACGUCACGGGCAAGAGCAUCUGGCAGGUCCUGACGCAGCGCGUGCUGGGCAAGAAGGGCACGGUCCCCGUGCAGAACUUCCAGAAGCACGGUCGUGAUUUCGUGGUCCGCGACACCCUCGAGGCGCUGGUGGAGGGGAUGAAUGCCCUGGCGGCGGAGCGCGGCGGGCCGGCCCUCGACUUUGAGGAGAUCCGCGACGUGGUGGAGGCGCGCGACGCCCAGUUCGAGAACCCGUACGCGAAGGACGCGCAGGCCAUGCUGAUCCGCAAUGCGCGCGAGUACUGGCCUGAUCGCCGCAGCCGGGUCGCGCCUCCGCAUCGCCUCCUUGAUCCUGCUCACGGGCCCCUCAUCGCCGUGCGUAUGAACUUGCUCACCCGCAAGACCUUGGGCGGGAUUGAGACGGACUUGCGCAGUCGUGUGAUGAGGUCUGAUGGUAGGACGCCGCUCCCUGGGCUGUAUGCCGCGGGCGAGGCGGCUGGGUUCGGCGGAGGAGGGGUGCACGGGUAUAGCUCGCUCGAGGGCACCUUUUUGGGAGGGUGUAUCUUCUCUGGCCGGGCUGCCGGUCGGGCUGUCGCCGAGGAAGUUCUGGCCAUCGUGAGGCAGAGGAAGAGAACAUGA